AUGCAGAAUUUGAAAGAAGAUCGGGAUAUGAGGAAUCGAGUCGAUCAGGCGCAUAGUCAAGAAAGCAAAGAAGCGGAAAAAUCAGCGGUAAAGGACACAAAAGCGAUUAUGGAGGAACUGCGCGAGUCCAACGUACCAGCUGAAGUGAUCCUAGACAGGGAACGAAAGCGACAAAUUGAGCAAGAACUCGAGGAAAAAGAAGAAGCAGCAAGAAGGAAGAAACGCAAUAAAGGUUUGAGCUUGCUUGCUGGUUACUAUUUACCAUUUUGCACUUGCCAGUAAUA